GAAGUAGAGCAGGUACCAGCAAUUUUGAGAGCAAGAAAAAUGAAGCUCCCUGUUUUUGUAGUAGAUGCAUUUACAGCAAAAGCAUUUCAUGGAAAUCCUGCCGCUGUUUGCCUCCUAGAAAAUAAAUUGGAUGAAGACAUGCAUCAAAAAAUUGCAAGAGAAAUGAACCUCUCUGAAACUGCUUUUAUCCGAAAACUGCACCCCACUGACAACUUUACACAAAGUUCCUGCUUUGGAUUAAGGUGGUUUACGCCAGCGAGUGAGGUUCCCCUCUGCGGCCACGCUACCCUGGCUUCCGCGGCUGUGCUGUUUGACAAAAUAAAAAAUGUGAAUAACACUCUAACCUUUGUCACUCUGAGUGGGGAACUGAAGGCCAGAAGAGCAGAGAACAGUAUUAUCCUGGAUCUACCUCUUUAUCCUGCCCACCCGCAGGACUUCCAUGAAGUGGAGGACUUGAUAAAGACUGCCAUAGGUGAUACCCUAGUCCAAGACAUCUGCUAUUCUCCAGGUACCCGAAAACUCCUUGUCCGGCUCAGUGAUACUUACAAGAGGUCAUUCCUGGAGAACCUGAAGGUGAACACACAGGAUCUGCCGCAAGUGGAAAACACAGGGAAGGUGAAAGGACUCAUUCUCACCCUUAAAGGAGAGCCUGGAGGGCAGACCCAAGCAUUUGAUUUUUACUCCAGAUAUUUUGCACCCUGGGUUGGUGUGGCUGAAGACCCUGUAACAGGAUCUGCACAUGCUGUUCUCAGCAGCUACUGGUCCCAGCAACUGGGGAAGAAAGACAUGCAUGCCUUUCAGUGUUCCCACCGAGGAGGAGAGCUGGAGAUUUCACUGCGUCCUGAUGGACGGGUUGACAUUAGGGGCAGCACUGCUGUUGUUCUAGAGGGCACACUGACAGCCUAGAGGUGGUUGUGGUUCGAUGCUGCGAUUUUGAAUGACUAAGUAUUUUCUGCACAAAAAGAAAUGUAAGCAGCUGCCUUUACCAAACUUGCAGAGCAGUUCACUUCAUCCUCAUGUUAGAAAUAGAAAAAUGAAGACAUAUUAAUGGAAAUUUCAUCGUGCUUCCUGACUAAUUAAUUAAUGGAGUUUUGGCUCUGCCCGUGAGUGUAUUUGACAUAGAAGUAACCAGUAACAAAGAAUGAUGUUGUCACCUUCGAUUAUGACUACCAAUCACAGAUGAGGAGUACAUUUAUGAGGAGUAAGAUCAAACCAUUUAAACUUAGGUAUGAGUAUCUGAUAGACUAUUUUGUAGCCAUUAAAAAGACGCAAUAACUAUGUGGAAAUAUUGGAAAGUAUCUCAUGACACAAUACUAAGAAAGGGAAUUACAGUGGACUACAAAAUGUUGGCAAUGUUAUGUUUAUAUCUAUGGACAAUAUGAAUGUAUAUGGACUAAGAUGGGUCAUGAAGAUAGAAAGGUGACAACUGUUCAUAUGUGUGCGUGUGUGGGGGUAAGAUUGGGAGUCAUUAAAUGUACCUAAAAAAUUAUUUCCCUUAUUGGAACACACUCAUGUUCAAUAACUAAAAAAUCAGGACAUAUAACAGAAUAACCCAAAAACCCAGAUAUUUCAAAAAAUGUAUAUGUAUUACUGUGGUGAUAAAAUUAAACACUAAAAGCAAUAUAAUAUCUUUAUCUUGAUGUAUAGUUUUAGAGUGUAACUUAAAAAGC